UGCACUGGGAAAGAUGCUUUCAUGAACGGGAAGCAUCUUUCCCAGCUUCCAGCCACAUACUCACCUCUCCAAAGCCAUCCUGGGGACUGGCUUGCCAUGCGGCCAUCCCACCUCAUCCCACCAAUGCUGGCAGGACCCCCUGGCCAUGCUGGUGUCCAGUGCUGGUCUCCCUGCAAGCACUGCAGGGAGAUGCAUGAAGUGCAUUUUGGGGCAUCUCCUUGCCAGGCAGAAGCCAGGAGGGAUUUUCUGUCUCUUUUCCCCCAAAAGCAAAUGAUUUUGCUGUUGCCAGCGUGGGAAGAGGGGAAGGCCCCAUGCUUUCUUUCUCUUGCCUGGGGAAGGCUGGGGUUAUUUUUUCCAAGUGGUGCUUUCAGAGAGACCUAUUAAUGUGCCAGCAGGACAGAGCCUUUCACAGGGGCCAUAAUCACUAGAAAUGAGGCAAAAUGAGAAAAAUCAGUGGGCUGAACAUGUUGAGGAGGGGCAGCAAAACUACACUGCUAUUGAAGGGCACCACAGGACCCUCGCUCUAGCUGGGGCCACAAAAGCCAUCAGGAAGUCAAAGUUCUGAUGUGAUGAGGAUGCCCAGCAGGGAAGGAGGAGGCGAGGAGACCUGACAAGGAAAACAGUCUCCAGGGCUGUGGGUGGGUUGGAGAGUCCCACUGCUCCAUGCCCUGCCAUGGGGGCGCAGGAGGCUUUCAGAGCACCUGGUUCAGCCAUGCUGGCCCCCAGCAGCCAGCUGGCACUGGGGAUGUUUGGCCUUGCUGCCUCUGAGUCACUUUAGGUUGUAUCCCACCACAGGAAUUUGGGAAGCUGGCUGUUUUGGGAAGGGUUCUGCAGCUGAUAUGCCAGCCCAUCGACUAUGAGGGCUUUCACCUCUUCAUGAAGACCUACCUGGAGGCAGACGUGCCUGAGGAGCUUUGCCAACACCUCUUCACCUCCUUCAAGCGUAAGAUAUGUCAAGUGUCCCCCGAGACCCAGCGCCAGAGCCCCAGCGUCUCGCAGCACAACACCCUUGGGAUCAAUGGGAAAACGCUUCUAAGUGCCCUAGGACGACACACUCCUGAGCCCAAGAGCUGCCACAGCAACACAGCUGAGGCGCAGCCAGCAUCCCUCACCCCAGCAUCCAUCCCCAAUGCCUCCCCCAGCUGGUCCAGGUCGUCCUCCCAGAAGUCCACCACUGGCACCCCUUCUGUUCACAACUCCUCUGGCUCUUCGAAGAUCUCCUCCGGGUCCCUGCUGAGCCCUCAGUCACCAGGGAUGAGGAGCGUGGAGAAGAGGUUACCCUUCAGCCUGCGGAAGAGCCACAGCUCCCUGAAAGCUGCCCCCCCACAGCCCCCUGCACCCCUGGCACAAGUGGUCCACCUGAAGGACAUCGUCUGCUACCUGUCCCUGCUGGAGAGGGGACGAGCUGAGGACAAGCUGGAGUUUAUGUUUCGCCUCUAUGAUACUGAUGGAAAUGGCCUCCUGGACAGCUCGGAGCUGGAUCGUAUCAUCAACCAGAUGGUGCAUGUGGCCGAGUACCUGGAGUGGGACUCCACCGAGCUGAAGCCUAUCUUGAAGACAAUGAUGGAGGAGAUUGACUACGACCAUGACGGGACCGUGACGCUGGAGGAGUGGAUCCGCGGAGGCAUGACCACCAUCCCUUUGCUGGUCCUUCUAGGGAUGGAGACGAACGCGAAGGACGAUGGGCAGCACGCCUGGAGGCUGAAGCACUUCAAGAAACCUGCCUACUGCAACUUCUGCCACACCAUGCUGCUGGGGGUCCGCAAGCAGGGCCUCUGCUGCUCCUUCUGCAAGUACACCGUCCACGAGAGGUGCGUGUCCAAAGAUAUCGCCUCCUGCAUCAGCACCUAUGUGAAAUCCAAGAGAAACACAAGCGUGAUGCAGCACACGUGGAUUGAGGGAAAUUCCCCCGUCAAGUGUGACAGAUGCCACAAGAGCAUCAAGUGCUACCAGGGCAUCACCGGCCUGCACUGCGUCUGGUGCCAAGUCACCCUCCACAACAAAUGUGCCUCCCAUGUGAAGCCGGAGUGUGAUGGGGGUCCACUGCGGGACCACAUCUUGCUGCCUUCCUACAUCUGCCCUGUUGUCCUGGACAGGCAGUCCCACUGCCGGAGAUCCGAGAGCGACUCCCCUGCCAGCACCAACCCCGAGGACAACCAGGGCUUCAAGUUGAACCCCAGCACAGUGGAUGGGCAAGGACUGCAGAUCAGCCCGCGGCCUGGGACACAUCCCCUCCUGGUGUUUGUGAACCCCAAGAGUGGAGGAAGGCAAGGGGAGCGGGUCCUUCGGAAAUUUCACUACCUCCUCAACCCACGCCAAGUGUACAACCUGGACCGCGGCGGGCCUGCGCCAGGGCUGAGCUUCUUUCGGGACACUCCAGAUUUCCGCGUCCUGGCCUGCGGAGGGGACGGCACAGUGGGCUGGAUCCUGGACUGCAUAGACAAGGCAAACUUGGCAAAGCACCCGCCGGUCGCCAUCCUGCCCCUGGGAACGGGCAAUGACCUGGCCCGGUGCCUGCGCUGGGGAGGAGGCUAUGAAGGAGGCAACCUGAUGAAGGUCCUGAAAGACAUUGAGCACAGCACAGAGGUGAUGCUGGACCGCUGGCAGAUAGACGUCAUUCCCAGUGACAGGGAGGCCAAUGGAGACCCUGUCCCAUCCACCAUCAUCAACAACUACUUCUCCAUUGGGGUGGAUGCCUCCAUUGCCCACCGCUUCCACGUCAUGCGAGAAAAGCACCCUGAGAAAUUCAACAGCAGAAUGAAGAACAAGCUGUGGUACUUCGAAUUUGGGACAUCGGAGACCUUUGCAGCCACCUGCAAGAAGCUCCACGACUAUGUCGAGGUGGAGUGUGAUGGGACCCUGCUGGACCUGAGUAACACAUCCCUGGAGGGCAUCGCUGUCCUUAACAUCCCCAGCAUGUACGGCGGCUCCAACCUCUGGGGUGAGACCAAGAAGCAGCGUGGUUACAACCGGCUGGGCAAGAAAGUGCCUGAGAAGCUGCAUGCCACGGUGGUCACCGACGCCAAGGACCUCAAGUUCUGCGUGCAGGACCUCAGUGACCACCUCCUGGAGGUGGUGGGGCUGGAGGGUGCGAUGGAGAUGGGGCAGAUCUACACAGGACUGAAGAGUGCUGGGAAGAGGCUGGCCCAGUGUUCGUCCGUCACCAUCAGGACGUCCAAGCUGCUGCCCAUGCAGGUGGAUGGAGAGCCCUGGAUGCAGCCAUCCUGCACGGUCAAAAUUACACAUAAGAGCCAAGUGCCGAUGCUGCUGGGGCCCCCUCAGAAGAGCAGCUUCUUCUUCCUGAAGAGAAGAAACCGAACUCGAGAAUAAGCAGUGUGCAAGAGCCACAGCACAGGGGGGUCCUGGACACCCACCCAGUGUGGGGGUUCCCCAAUCCCCACUCUGUGGUAGGGAAAGGGAACACCCUCCCAAGCCCAGCGGGGAUGAUUUGUCGUAGGAAGGUCUCGGAGGUUCCUUCCCAACCACCAGAAGCAUCUUCUCCAGCCAGAUGGAGGCGGAGGGCGAGGGCAGGCUGGCACACAGGGAGUGUGUUUACCAGCACAGCACCAGGACUGGGGUUCCUUUCCCUCUAUUUAAAUGACGUCCGCCCCAGCGGAGCUGCAGAGGAACGUGCUCCGGAGCAAACACCAAGCUUCACUUAUUUAUUUCCAAUCCUCUCGAAGGACACUCGAUGUUUUGCUGCGCUGGCUUCGUGUCCACCAGCCCCUGCACAUGGAGGAGUUAUUUAUUUUCUUAGCCUAGAGGAGACGGUCUCUGCCCUGCCUUCAGCCACUGUUUCUGGGACGGGUUUUAAGCAGAUGCAAAGAUAGCCCUUGCUGCUGGCCCUGGGAGCCACGAGGCGUGGGACAGGCUGGGGACAGAUGGUGCCUGGGCCACAGGGACAAGCGUGGGAUGGAUGGGAGGAGACUGUGUUUUGAAGGGGAAAUGGCAAAAAUAGGAUUUCGGGGGAGCUGUCAGUCCUGGGCCCCCCCGCCAUGCCCCAGCUCUGGGCUUUAUGUUCAUAUUGAUGUAAGUAUUUAGCAAACUUUGGGGGGACUUUGGGGGUCCCCUUCUUUUUAUGAGCCUAGGUUGGACACAAACGCCACCUCCCUUGUCUGCUGGCUGUUCCCCAUGGCACCUCCUUCUGUGUGGACUUUCCUCUCUCCUAAAGGCUGCCAGCCUGCCCCAGGGACUGGGGAUCCUGGAGACAGAUAUCCAGAAGCAAUUCUCACUUGGAAGUGUGUGUGGUCCCCCCUUUUACAUGUCUCCCCAUGUGCUUCACUAGCCCAGUGCUGUCCCAGUGGUGAUUUGUGCUGCCUCUGGUGCUCCUGGGUGGCUGCAGGGAGCUUUGGAGAGCUGUUGCACGUCAGUUUCCACAUGGCCAGGUCCCCCACCCACCCUGAAACUGAGGAGCUUUGCAGAUGCUGACUGCUGGAGCCCAGCUGGAAUGCACAGGCAGGUUUUGGUGGCAUCACCUAUGUGUGAUGAGGUGUGUGGGCACAGACCACAGGAUGCAGCUUCUCCCCAGGAUGUGAUAGGGACCAAAAAGCGAGCAAAUGCACAGAGGCCAUGAUGGCCUGGAUGUGUGAUCCACUUCACAGUGCUUCCAGCAGCCAGGAGUUGGCAGGAUCAGCCCACAGGAAGGGCUGCUGGUUGCUUCUGCAGGCAGCUGCUGUCUCCUGCAGCGGCCCUUGUGUGGGGGGAUGCUCAGCUCCCCAGUCAGCCCCUGUUCCCAGGCAGCUGCCUCUGAUCUGGUGGAGGUCCCUGUGCUGCUGUCAGCAAGCUAGAAGUGGUGUGUGCCCCAUGGAUGUUGCCACAGGCAGGAAAACCACUGCUUGUCCGCGCUAUGCCUCUGGCACAGGGGACAAGUCACCGUAUCCUCCCCAGUGACGCAGUGCCUGGUCCCUCGUCACACUGCAGGUCUCCAUUCAAUAGCAUCCUCCUGGCUGCGCGGAGGGUGCUUCCAUCAUUAAGUUUCAGAGUGAACAAUGAGCUAAGAGAGAGCUGCUGGUCAACCCCCUCCAGGCAGGGACAGUGCUGUCAUGUGUGGGCUCUUUCUGAUAGCAGCUGCAGGGCCCUGCUGACAGGGGAGGAGGUGGCGGCACCCUGGGGAGCCCCAGCCAGGCUCCAUCCCACAAGUGCCGCUCUCAGCCAGGGCACAGGAGGAGGCCCUAGUGGGCUGCCACGGCUCCCUCUCCUCCUGCCCUUGGCACCAGCGCCGGGCAGGGUGAGCUGGGGGCAGGUGCUUGCUGCAAUGCAGCACCCAGGGAUGCACUGGCAGUAGCUGAGGAGCCAUGAAGAGGGUGCCCUGUGCUGCAGAGCACGGAGGUUGCCACAGCUCACUGGAGCUGUGAGCUGUGCACAUGGGCACGCUCCAUCCACAGUGUGUAAAUCCCCCGUCCUCCUCCUCACCCAGGGUGGCUGUUAAUGAGUAGCCAGGUGAAAGCAUACAGGAGCUGGGCCAAAUAAACCCUGUGUCCCAUGAACCAGCAGCCUCCAUUUCUCCAGCCCUUCUCCAACAGCAGCUGUGCCUUGAAGCCCCCUGCUCAGGAUGGGUGAAAGAAACCUCAGCUGUCCCCCCUGGCAGUGUUCAAGGCCAGGUUGGACGGGGCUUGGAGCAACCUGGUCUAGUGGAAGGUGUCCCUGCCCGUGGCAGGGGCUUGGAACUGGGUGAGCUUUAAGGUCCCUUCCAACCCAAACCAUUCUGUGAUUCUGUGAUCUCCAGAACUUUGCCAGCAGGUGGGGUGAUAGGUUUGAUCCGUGGGAUGACAACACAUGAGGUCAGCGGUGUUUAUAGCAGCAGAUCUGGAUCCAUUUCCCUGCCUGCUCAGCCUCAACCCAGGGUUUUAUCCCGGGGCUCCAUUUAGGAAGUGCGUGUACGGAAUCAGCAACGGUUUUCACAGCAGACCUGCUCCUUGCACCUGGUCAUGGUUUGCUGGGCUCGGGACAAAGAGCAGUGCUUGGGCCUCUGCUGUGGUUUGCUGCCCAUGGCCCUGCAGGGCCAGGGGAAGCAAGGAGGCACCAUGCCUGCACCCAUGGGUCUGGCAGCAUGUUGGAGGUGAGGAGCACUGCUUUGAGCUCAAAGCCAGGAGGUAGCACUCGGACAUGUGUCCUGCAGGGCACAGAGAGCCCAGGACCUGAGCCAGCGGAACAAGGACUCACCAGCACCAGUCUGCCAAGAGUGACAGGCUCCCAUAGAGACAUCCCCUUCUGAUGAUCAGUGCAAUGGUCCCUGCCACCUCCCCUGGGAGACACAGCUUCAAUCCAUUCCCACCAUGCCAAAGCCAUAGUUCAAUGGGCCCGGCAGCUAACGACCUCCUCAGUCUAAUGGUGCAAAUGUCUCCAGCCCAGGAGGGCACCCACAGAAGCUAGGAUGCUGGCUUGGCUAUCCCUGGUUCCAGAGGUGCAGCUGAGGGAAAGUUGGAGCUCUGAACCCCUUGUCCCCCUUGGUGUCUCCUGGCUUAGCCCCAUUGAUCCCUUGAAGGCCACAGGAUGGAGCAGAAGCCCCCAAACACCACCCCCAGCCCCAGGCACUGGUGCCAGUGCUGGGGGGCCCCUGAGAGCUGGGGAACCUCAUUCCCAGCCCCAGCCCUGUCCUGCCGCUGUGUGCGUAGCUGUGGUUGCCUGCAUGGAAAUGGUGUCCGUAGCAUAGCGCAUGUUGCCGUGUACACCUGGACUGCUGUGGGCUUGCCUCAAAUAAAGAUGGUGAUGAAAUA